CAGAAUGUAAAACAGAUACAGAAUUCGUUCCCUCGAAAAAUGAAGAAAUAAAUAAAGAGCUUUCUUUUCCUUCUCGAACAAAGCGGAUAUCUAUUCAUUUUAAACAUCGAUAUAUCAAUCGAUUUUCUCAUCGGCUUGUUUCAUAUCGCGAUCAUUUGUUAGAGAUGGCUUCUUUACUUCGGAACACCCGAGCCUUCUCCGCGGAGUCUGCGGACGGACCUGGCUGCAUGAAUUCGUUACGUUUAACGGCCCGCUCGUGGGAGAUUCGCGCGUGGCUCGAGGUGAGACGCGGGUUAGGUUAGGUUAGAACUCGGGCCGCUUGCUCCGCCAAUAACGCGGGUCGCUUGGGUGUGGUUAUUAGUGCCGUGGGACCGUCAGGUAGUGAUUGUGUUCCAUGAGAGUAUAGUUUACGCUGCGCGUCCAGGCGGUCGCGGACGUCUCGUUUCUCUCUCUUACGCGAUCGUCUCGGGGAGCAGGAGCGAGCGGAGCGGCGACAUGAAGAAGAGGAGCCUGUCCGGCAAUGUGGGCGUCGGCGUGUUCCUGGUGGGGUUCGUCUGCGUGUGCGUCGCCUUCGGCACGCCCGCCUGGUUGGUCAGCGAUCCGCGGAUCGUUGGCGCGCAGCUCGACCGACUCGGCCUGUGGCGGCACUGCUUCAGGUCGCUGCCCAACCCCCAGGAAUCCGACGCGCCCAGGCGCUUCUUCGUCGGCUGCAGAUGGGUCUACGACCCGUUUACCGCGGGCUACUCCGAGAUCCGCGGCUUCCUCCUACCCCCGUUUAUGAUCGCCACCCAAGUGUUCUUCACGAUAUGCUUUCUGUUGGGUCUAAUAUCAUUCUUUCUGAUGUUGCUCUUCACUCUGUGCUGGGACCCAGAGCGAAAGAAAUAUAUCGAGUUGAUAACGACCAUUGGCUACCUGCUGCUGGCCAGUGGUCUCAGCGGCGGCCUGGCGGUUAUCAUAUUUGCCUGCCUUGGUAACGCGGACGGCUGGAUGCCUGGACACACCAAUAACUAUCUAGGAUGGUCUUUCGCCCUGGGCGUUAUAGGCAGCGUACUGACGCUAAUCGCGAGCGGCCUGAUGCUAGUGGAGGCAAACAUACAACGAAAAAAACGAGACUAUCUCAAGGAAUCUCAAACGCGCUUUCAACUCGAAUCUCGUGCCUAAAGAAAAAGAGCACUUCCCGACCGUCCGCAAUUGCAUUGCGCACAAGCGUUUUGUACUAAAAGUCUGUAGUACCAUUCCGUCCACGAGAUGCAACUCUCAUCGUAGAACUUUUUUCUUUCUGUAGAAUGUACAAAAAAAAAAAGAAACAGAUCUGUAUUAAUUUAAGUUUAGAAAAAACUUAAAUACGUAAGUUUAAUAUUUUUGUACGAUAUUUUAUAUCUCUCUUUAUAUAAUAUUAUGUAUAUGGGAGCAUAGUAUAUACUAUAUGAUAAUAUUAUUAUUAACGAUAAUAUAUGAGACGAUAUAAACGCGUCUUGAAACACUUGCAGAAAAGUUCGCAAAAAAAACCGUUAUAGAAAACAUCUACGAUCUUUUUAUUUGAAGAUUCUGUUUUAAUGUAAAGCUUGACCAAUUGUGUUCGCGAGAAGAAAAGUCGUCUAUUCGCGUAUCUAAUUGUGAUAAUCGCGCGGUCUCGUUUUUCUUCUAUAUAAAUUGGCGUGCAAUGCUGUUUUUAUCUCUUCUUCCACUCUUUUAGCAAAUACGUUAGUUUUACAAUUGUUAACUUGUUGACUUGGUCGUGAAGCUGCGAUCACUUUUAUUACUUACAUGAUUUUUCGCGAACUUUUCUAUGUAGCGUUUUGAGACGCGAAUUAUGAAAUGCCUUGUAUCUACAUGUGUAUUAUAUUACUAAGCCUUGCGCACGAGAUUUACGAUUCGCACAAUACGCAGCUACGUAUUUUCCAACGGCACAUAUCUGUGGAAAUCGGAGCUAACGAGAGAUUAAUAGAACAUCAAAAUAAACUUUAUAACUCCGUCCUUUAUCAAAUAAAAACUUCUAAAAUAUAAGU